UUCAUGAACCAACUAAAAUAAAAAUUAGUUAUAUGCCAUAGACACGUGCAAUUGAAAGAACCAUAGCCGGGGACUAUAAGUUUCGAGAUUCGUGAUGAAGAGAAAGAGAGAGGGAGGAGGACAAAGAAGAAUGGGCGUUUGGCUAAAGAAUCAUCAUCCUCAAUUCCAAUGAUUCAUUCACCCCACAUGCAUCCUAUAAUAUAAAAUUAUUCGACUUAUACAUCUAAUCUUUGUUUGCUCCCAUACGUAUAUAUGCACACAUCUCUAUCGCCUGUUUUACAUAUUUGUAUGAGCUUUUCCUCAUACACGUAGCCUCACCGGAGAAUUUUGAACUUUUCCAACGUCAAUUUGAUCAAUAUCAAUAUAGAAAUCCACAUCAAAUCGUCUCAUUUGCCUUGCGCCUUAUCCAGCUCUCUCUUUCUUGAUAUUUGGAACUUAAUUUUGGUUAAUUUGUUAGUCUUAAAUUGUUAUUUUCGGACACAGGACUUCGCUUUUUUUCGUCAAGGAAUGAUUGUGUUUUGAUUCUGGGUCUCAUUUUCUGGUAAAGGUUUGAUCUUUUUGCGUGGAGCUGUAGAUGGAUGUUGUAUAUUGUGAGGAGUAUAUAACGAAUUCUAGAGGCGUGGAGCUCUUUACUUGCAGAUGGUUGCCCAUUUCUUCUCCAAAAGCUUUGGUUUUUCUCUGCCAUGGUUAUGGCAUGGAAUGCAGUAACUUCAUGAAAGGUGUUGGGAUUAAACUGUCGAAUCAUGGCUAUGCUGUGUUUGGAAUUGAUUAUGAAGGCCAUGGACAGUCCUCAGGUGCUCGAUGUUACAUCAAGAGGUUCGACAAUAUUGUCAAUGAUUGCAGUGAACAUUUCAAGUCAGUAUGUGCGCGGGAAGAGUAUAAGGAAAAGAGGAGAUUCUUAUACGGAGAAUCAAUGGGAGGGGCAGUUGCUCUGCUAACACACAAGAAUGACCCUAAUUUUUGGGAUGGCGCCGUUCUAGUCGCUCCUAUGUGUAAGAUAUCGGAGAAGGUGAAGCCGCACCCUAUAAUCAUCAGCCUUUUGACUAGGGUGGAAGAUGUGAUUCCUAAAUGGAAGAUCGUUCCAACGAAAGACGUCAUUGAUUCAGCCUUCAAGGAUCCUGUCAAACGAGAAGAGAUUCGUGGCAACAAGUUGAUAUAUCAAGAGAAACCGAGACUGAAAACGGCUCUUGAACUUCUGAGAACUAGCAUGAACCUCGAGGACAGCCUCAACGAGGUGACGUUGCCAUUCUUGGUGUUGCACGGGGAAGCGGACACAGUGACGGACCCGGAAGUAAGCAAGGGAUUGUACGAGCAAGCGAGCAGCGUGGACAAGACGAUGAAGAUAUAUGCCGGGAUGUGGCAUGGCCUAACGUCGGGGGAGCCAGACGACAACAUAGAGAUCGUCUUCUCGGACAUCCUGGCGUGGCUGGACAAGCGGUCGGGAGAAGACGCCCCUCGUCCUAGUCUCGACCCGACCACAACCACAACCACAACCACGGCGCCUGCCGAACAAACUCAAUGUGAAAUCCGGCCCAACGCCAAGAAUUCGCAUGGCUGGAAAGGUCUGCUGGCGGUCGGAAAAUCGCCCUUUUUAGGCGGGUCUAUACGUCCAGAAAAAAUGCCCGACUGAUUUCUUGGAUCCGAUUGGUUGCCCCGAUUUCUCGCAUUGGUGUGGCGUGUCCACCUCUACCUCUACUAAUUCUCUGCCUCUGGUGUGAAUAUAACAUAAAUGUUAACUAUAAUAUAAUUGAUAUUUGAAUUU